UUUAUACUUCUGAUUUUCGCACUAUAAAUUUCGCACAAAUUUAAUGAAAAACUAUCAGUCAACUUCCACAUUUCAAACUGUAAAGCACCUCAACCACUAUCCAAACAUCAACAACAUGAUGAAAUACAUCACAUUCGUCGCCCUCUUCGCUUUCGCCACCGCUGCUCCUGGUUUCAUCGCUCAACCGGUUGUGGCCAAAGUAGGUACCGUUAUACACAGCGUUCCAUCUGCCACUUCCCACCAAAGCAUCACUCAAGUGCACAACAAUGCCCAUAUUGUUGCACCCGUCGUGAAAGCUGUUGCCCCAGUUGUCCCGGUGGUUCAUGCUGCUCCCAUCGUCCCAGUCGUGAAAACCUACUCAGCUCCUGUGGUUCCAGUAGUAAAGUCUUACUCAGCCCCAGUAUUUCACCACGUUCCAGUUGUGAAGUCUGUUGUCGCUCCCGUGGUACCAGUGGUUCAUGCUGCACCAGUAGUAAAAUCGGUUGUUGCAGCUCCAGUUGCCCACUUUGUCCAUCAUUAAUGAUUCUGUAGUACUGAAUAAAUGUUAUUAAAAUUUUAGAAGCUUAAGAACUUAUUAAUAUGUUAAAGAGGAAGUAUUUAAGAAGUGUUGGCGAGGAGAUACUGGUCAGUUAAGCUAAUUUGCAGGUUUUACGCUGAAAUACAAGAUGGCUUCCAAGAUUAUAUGAGAAUAGAAAGUAAAUAUAAAAUGUUAGUUAGUUUAAUAGUGGUUCUUAUAAUUCCUUAACUUAUUUUAAUAUUUAUGGGUAUAGGAAUGUAGGCAAAUAUGGACCACCAAUAUUUUUUCGGUAUAUAUAUAGUUCACCAAAUACAUGCAAUAAUACAAUCAGCCCUAUUGUAAACUUCAUGUGAAUA